UCUUCCCUACACUAACAGUACAACUAGAGAUUCAGAUUAUAUAAACACAUCAAUGGACUUCACAUGAAUCUUACAUUGAAGCUCUCUCUCUCUCUCUCUCUCUCCCUCAACAUUUAUCCUUUUUCCAGAGGUCUGCAAAUGGAACAGGGGAAUCACUACAAGAAGGGUCUGUGGACAGUGGAGGAAGACAAGAUUCUGAUAGAUUACAUAGGAGUGCAUGGGAAAGGGAGGUGGAAUCGUAUAGCCAAGGUCACAGGUUUGAAGAGGAGUGGAAAGAGUUGCAGGUUAAGAUGGAUGAAUUACCUUAGCCCCAAUGUGAAAAAAGGAGAUUUCUCAGAGGAAGAAGAUGACCUUAUCAUCAGACUCCAUAAUCUGCUUGGAAACAGGUGGUCACUAAUUGCGGGUCGGGUACCGGGUCGAACAGACAAUCAAGUGAAGAACCAUUGGAACAAUUAUUUGAGCAAGAAGCUGGGGAUUAAGAAGAAAAACAUCAAAGUUAGAGACUGUUCAGAAACAGUACUCUCAGGAGAAUGUAGAGAGCAAGUGGAGACUACUCUCGGGCACCCAUCGGAUCAGAGUUUAAAGACCCGGAGUUGUGACAGUAGUGGCAAGGGAGAUAUGAUCAUGCACCAAGCCAAUGAAGGCUCUCAGGAGACUGUUGGUGGGUCGGGUACAUCGGAACCCGAGUCAAGUGACUGUUUUGUGGGUUCUUUUUGGUUGUGCAAUGAUGAUUUAAACCAAAACGACUCCACCUUUUUUGAACUUCUAGGUGGAUAUCCGUUGGGUAUGGAUUGGCCUGAAUUGUAACAUAAUUUCUCCCCUAGCUUGCCUU